GGUUCAACGUCGUUCUCUUCUAAGCAACGAGGCUAACAAGUGAGAUGUUUAGAAAAGCGGUGUCGAUCUAAAAUGGCAGAAUUCACGAACAGACGUCGAUACAUGUUAUGGAUACCCAUCUCAAUCCAAAAAGCUACGACGUUUGAAAACAUUAGUAGAUAAUGGAAACAGCAAAGGAUCCCGCAGAUCACCUUACCUACCUCCGUCAAGCCCUCGACCUUGCCCGACUAUCUCCACCCAAACCUACCAAUUUCUGUGUCGGUGCCGUGCUUCUCAAUGCUUCAACAAAUACUGUUAUCGCCACAGGCUACACAUUGGAAUGUCCUGGCAAUACACACGCAGAGCAAUGUUGCUUUAUAAAGCUCUCCCAAGCUCGCAAUGUACCUGAGGAUCGCCUUGCGGAUAUUCUGCCGGAAAAUACGAUAUUGUAUACUACAAUGGAGCCAUGUGCAAAGAGAUUGAGCGGGAAUGUGAGUUGUUUAGACAGAAUCCUAAAGUUGGGUGAAGGGGGGAAAGGAAUUCGGAAGGUAGUGGUCGGUGUGAAAGAGCCAGAGAAAUUUGUGGGCGAGAACGAAGGAAGGAGAAGAUUGGAAGAAGCGGGUAUUGAGGUAUUGCUGGUUGAGGGACUAGAGGAAGAAAUAUUGAAGGUUGCUACAGCAGGGCAUGUUCCGGUAUCUGAUGGAUGAACAGUCGCAUAUCGCUUUUGAUAUGAAAAUAAUACACUAAUUCGUCCGAACGGAUAUCGUACACCCUGAGGUUACCCGUGAAUUGGACGCAUGUGGUGGUUUUAAUGGAGAAUUUGGUUCCCACGAGCUCAGGUGCAUCAAUCUAUCAACUGUACCACGUCCAAUUUCUAUUCUAGAUGGACAAUCUCCUUCGAGGUUAAGUCAUGCUUUUACCAGUUUCACGAGGAUCAUGGAAGUCUCAUAUCCGAAGUGUGAUUAGCAAAAAGGACACAAGAAAGCACGGGAAAAAAUGUGUACUGGUUUCCACAUUGAGUUGUCAGAGGGCCUUUCCAUUGGAUCAUUUGUCAGGUUUUUAGUAUUGGUUUCUAAAUACAUGAGAUUUGAGAAGAUGACA